CUAUUAUUACUGUGAUCCCCGCAAAGUCCCAAAGAGUCGAUCGAAAUCUCGAUUUUCAAUUUUGUUUUUGUAUAUGAAACAAAAAAGUUAUUAAAAUAUUAAAUUUUGGGAAACACUAUGAUCGGGGAGAGGAAUAAAAUUCAUGUAUCCUAAGCUUUUGGUGUGUGUGUGAUAAUGGCGUAACACCUUUUUUUUCUUCUCAACAACAAUCUCACCUCAUUCUCAUUCUCAUUCUCAUCUUUCUCUCACUCCAAUUGCUUGCAGCUCACUCCUUCUAGUCAUCACCUUUCUCUCUCUCUCUCUUGCUUUCCUCUUCGUCUCUCUUAGAUUCUAUAUUUCUCCCACACGUUUUCCAAUUCCGUCUCGAAAAAUGGGAAACUGCUUCUCGACUUCUUCUGUAUCCACCGCUGAGAUCUCUCCUCUUGACCUCGCCGUCAAACCUCCACCCGUCGCCGUAGCCUCUCCCGCCGCCGGAGCACAAACUCACCUUCCCGCUCCUCCUCCUCGACUCCCAAUCCCUCCGCCUUCAGCUAAGGAAACGACAGCUACGGCGACGGCGACCUCCACCGUCACAGUGAAACUAUACGGACCGUCGAACAGUCUCACGACCUCAUACCUCCGCUUCGCACUCCUCCACAAGAGAGUAAACCUCCGCUUCGUCCCCUCCGAAGACCAGAAGCCGACGAUCCAAAUCGGAUCGGAGAAAACGUCGGGAACUCAAGACGCUCUCCUCCGCUACAUCGAGGAAAAGUUCCCGGAGCCGAGGCUGAUGAUAUGGAAGUUCAACCUCGAAGGCUUCGACGAGGCGACGCCGCCGGUAGUGAAGACGAUCUGGCUUCAGCACAGGAGCAUGACGUGGCACGUGGAGAGGAUGCUGAGGUGGUCGGAGGAUUUAGCGGCACGUGGAGGGAGGAGAGCCGUUGAUCCGUCCGUGGGGACGCCGAAGAUGGAGAUUAGGAAGUUCGCGAAGAGCUAUACGCAGUUGCAGGAGAUGAUGCUUGAGCACGCUCAGAUGGAGGAGAGAGUCCUCUUCCCUGUUCUUGAAUCUGUUGAUCGAGGGAUGUGUAAGAGUGCAAGCGCAGAACAUGGGAGAGAGUUACCGUUGAUGAAUGGGAUCAAGGAGUAUAUAAAAUCGAUUGCUGUAAUGGAUUCUGGGAUAUGUUCUGAGGAGCUCUUUAGUCUUGCUUCUCGUUUCAAAUCAUUACAGAUGAUGUGUAAAGCUCAUUUUGAAGAGGAGGAGAAAGAGUUGCUACCGAUGGUGGAAGCUGCAGAGAUGGGGAAAGAGAAGCAGAAGAAGCUGAUGAAUCAAGGGUUGGAAGUUAUGAGAGGGACUCAUACUAAUGUCUUUGAUUUCCUCCUUCAAGGUCUCACACCUCAAGAAGCUAUGCAGUAUCUUGACUUGCUCAUGAACUUUGCUGAUCCAGAUCUUAUCUCUUCUUUCAUGUGCCAACGAGACAUUGUUGAUUGAUAUUGUCUUUUGUGAAAAACUCUUGUCGUGUUUGGUGAAGUGUAUUUGGUGUAAAUAGAGUUCAGAUUGUCGAUGCUGGUUUGUUUACUCAUUUUCAUAGGUAAAACAAAUAUGUUAUGUAA